AUGCUUUGUCUGCAUUGUCAGUGCCUCUUGUCUCUGCCUCAACAAGCGACUUUUGGUCGGACCGUUGUAUCCGAUAGAGAGCAUUCUCAGCAUCCAAACAUAUCUCCAAAGCGAGUACUGGGUCCUUUGUCUUGUGAGCCUGUUCCAAGGGGGAUCAAGGACAACUUUAGCCUUCGUGAUCACAAAUUUCUCCAAGGAGACAGUUUGUUAUGCAGUUUUUUGUUUCGAUUAAGGUCGCUAUGCCGUUGGACCAAUCCCUUCUCCAACAUGCGUUCAGUAUGUCAGACUGGCUUGACCCGUUCCACUUGCUUCAUUGAGACAUCUCACACCCGUGUAUUUGUAAGCGGUCAAAGGAAUAAUGGCGUGGGGUCCCAGUGUGCAGUUCACUAG